AUGUCACCAUAUUUUGGUGGUGACAUGAAAAAUCCAAAUGUAAUGUCACAAUCAACUACAGCAACAGUCUUCUCAGAUACAAGAAUCUUCUCCAAAAUGCUUAAGUUUGUGUGCCUCUUUGCCCUUGUGGCCAUUGCCUGUGCUGCUCCCCGUAGCUACGGAUACGGAGAUGAUGAGAACCGUGAUGGUGUCCCAGAUUCUCGUGAUGCCAACCGUGAUGGCAAAAUAGACUACGGAUAUGGUUAUGGAUACGCAAGAAACAGCUAUGGAUACGGAAGCUAUGGAUACCAGCCAUAUGGUUACGAAUACGUCCCAUAUGGAGAUGGCUACCCAUAUGCCAAUGUUGGACCCAACGGAGCUGUUGUCAAACUGGAAAGGUUGUUGGACCCAAUGGAUACGUUGCCCCCCAAGGAUAUGGAUAUCAAUAUUAAAAUGGUUAAAUCUUCAACAUUCAACAAGGAUGACUGUGCCACUAAACAAUCUACCUCCCAAUCGAUUAAUUUAUUAUGA